CCCCUGUUGGCUACUUCAUGCAAAACACAGAAACGAAAGAGAGAGAGAGACAAAAAAAAGAGGGUGGGAAAGGAAGCGAGGAAGACAACAGUCUGGCACUGACCGCGUUUGUUGUUUAAGGAGGAAAUGGUACGCAGCUCAGGCCGGGCUGCUCCUGCCUCUGUCCCGUAGCUCUCAGCUCAUCUGUUUGUUAUUUACGCACGGCUCGCUUUGACGCACGGAGGCUCGUUACCGUGGAAGUAUUUCAACCCGGAAUGCCCGAACCAGCGGCCGAGCUAACACGGUUUUAACGAUGGCUUCGGUGCGGAUGGUCGGCAAAGUUACGGCGAGACUUUUGGGAAGUAUUCAUCCUCCUCACUGCUCUGCUCUCCAAACUACUCGUCCGGUUACGUUUCUGCACCAGGUUCAGCGGAGACUGCCUCUACUUGGAAAUCAUCAAGCACUUUUCUACAGUACACUCCCACCCUCCAGUGAUGUGUCCUUGAAGUAUAAAUAUGGUCGUUUGGUUCUGGAGGUCCCGUUGUCCUCCAGGAAUGAGAAGUGUCUUUUCUUCCUGAGGCCGAUGCUGAUGAAUGUUGGAGACCUGAUCUCAGACCUGCAGAAAGAGGACCCAGGAGCCACUGCCUCCAUUCUCUCCAAAGAUGGAGAGCGUGUAGCCACCACGACGCUGAUCGAUGCUCUGCUGGACAAGGACUUCCAGCUCGUCAUCAAUGAUACAGUUUAUAACGUCUGCUCUCCUGAAAAGGUGUCUACGUCCAGCGAGCAUGCCAUGGGACUGGAGGACAUGAAACAUGUCGUGCAUCUGCUGCACACGGCGCUCCACCUGCCAGAACACCACAUACUGAAAGAGAGGCAGCUGCUGGAGAGACUGGACAUCUUGAAACAGGAGCUUUCACCUCUGGAGAAGAUGAAGGCACAGCUGUCCCAAACAGCACAGUUCCACACAUCCAAGGUUGUCUGGGCAGGUUUGGCCCUGUUGUCUGUGCAGGGUGGUGCUCUGGCCUGGCUCACCUGGUGGGUCUAUUCAUGGGACGUCAUGGAGCCCGUCACUUACUUCAUCACCUACGCCACCAGCAUCGGAGCCUUCGCCUAUUAUGUCCUUACCAAACAGGAUUAUGUGUACCCAGAUGUUAAAGACAGGCAGUUCCUGAAUUACUUUUAUAAGGCGGCCAACAAGAAGAAAUUCAACGUGACAAAAUACAAUGAACUGAAGGAUGAACUGUCUCAGGUGGAGGAGGACCUGAGACGUCUGAGAGACCCAACCCAACUUCAGCUACCACUCGAACAGAUCCAGCCAAAUCCAUGAACGGAGCCAAGCCUUAUAUAAUGAUCACUAACGCUUAGACACUCCAGAGAAAAAAACAAAUGUCCUGCUUUAUUUUGAUAACGGUGCAUUUAUACCAGGAAUCCAUAUCAUUCUGUGUUUUGUUUACAGUCUUGAUAAUGAUGCCAAUUAUAUCUUUGAGAAACACACAGACACUGCGGACUAUUGAAAUAAAAAGUAUUUCCCAAAACGUUGGGAGAAUCCCCUGUC